CUCGUCUAUAGUGCCGUCGUCGAUGGCCCACGCACAUACACUAUCCGCGUCGAUGGUAUUGAUAAUUUUUUUUUUAUUUCGCUAAUUUUUGUUGUUUACCUUUUUUUUUUUCACAUUAUAUUAUAGCUGUUUAUUUUAACCGAAGAUAAUAAUACAAUAGCUGUUAUUGUUUGCACACACGCGUCGUAAAGGUGCGUUUUUUUUUUUAUACCUAUCGCUGGAAAUUUUCGCAUCAUUAUCACCACCGGAAUCGGCCGUACCCUAUCCGUUUACUGUUAUUAUUAUAUUAUCAAUACUACAGUAAUUUGUACAUCAAAGAGACAAGAAUAAUAUUCAAAUAUUUUUUACCCGUCCGCCGUGUGUACGACCAAAGUAAUGAUUCAUCCAUAAGACCUUUUUUUUUUUUUCGCUCAAUAAUCGACUGCGAUCGGUUGUCGGGUAUAUUGUGUACACAAUAAUAAUAAUAAUAAGUAAUAACUUGUACCCAAUUCGUUUCGCGACCGUCUUGUGUACGAUUCGUAUCGGGGUUUUUUUUUUCUGCUCGUGUAAAAAAAAAAUACUAAACGUUUUUUUGCCGUCUUAUCAGCAAGAUAACGCAGUCGGCGAACGCUUUGAAACGCUUUAUUACUAAUAUAUAAUUAUUCUUGUAAUUAUUACAUCCGUCCGGCUUACACCUGGGUGAGGUCAAUAUUCUGUAUUUUGUUUUCUCAAGUAAAAUCCGCAAUAUUGUUUCGUUCGUCAUCGGCGCGCGUUGCGACGGUCUCAUGAUUGAAUCCGAUGCUGCAGGACAAUCCCCGACGACAAUCAUCGACGAUAACACUGCCGCUGUAGUGGCGAUCGACGUGCUUACGACGAUAAGCUUCGCCGGCCAACAAGACAUCAGCAUGUCGGCCGCCGUGUUGACGGCCAUAGCGGUGUUCCUGGUGCUCGUGUUUCGCAUGCUCAACGCGUCCAGUCAACCGCAAAAACCGCUGUUCUACUGCAAGAACAAAUUGUUUUUGAACAAGCUCAUGAAGUGGGCGCCUCAUCUUGACGAACCGUAUAUACCAACAAGGUUGUGGGGAUUUAGUGGACACAUUCAAACCAUAUUGUACAGCGUGUUUGGAAGAGUACGGUGUCCGUGCCCUAAAGGCGAUAGGAGAUUUAUCAUACUAGACGACGGGACCACUCUGACUUACGAUUUGUUCAAGCCCACCUUUAUCGACCCAGAACUUGACGACAUUACCGUGGUGAUAGUUCCUGGAAUAUGCAACUCUUCGGAAAGCGAUUACAUUCGAACAUUUGUCAAUUACACUCAGGAUCAAGGCUAUCGCUGUGCCGUGCUUAACCACGUUGGUGCUUUGCAUAAUGUCCCAGUAACGGCCUCUAGAAUUUUCACUUACGGCCACACCGAAGACCUGCAUGUGAUGAUGUGCAAUUUGUCUGAACAUUAUCCAAAAACUAAAAUCGUCAUCAUUGGAUACAGUAUGGGCGGUAAUCUGGUUACCAAAUAUCUAGGAGAAUCGCGGCCAAAUCAACCCGAUCGCAUCGUUGCUGGGGUUUCGAUUUGCCAACCUUAUGAUGCACUAAAAGCAACUGGAGUGCUGUUACACUGGCAGAACUUCCGAAGACUUUAUUUGUAUGCCCUAACGGAAGCGACCAAAGCAUUAAUUCUAAAACAUAGAAGCAAACUGCUGUCCGACGACAUUAAAGAACGAUACUCUUUGGUUGAACAGGACAUAAUAUCUGCCGCUACACUGCCCGAACUCGAUGACGCUUAUACAAGAAAAGUCAAUAAUUUCAAAAACCUUCACGAAUUUUACCAAUGGUCCAGCUGCAUGUACUACAUUAACAAUGUGACCACUCCAAUGGUGUUUAUCAAUUCCAAAGACGAUCCACUGGUUCCAGAAGAUCUUCUGAUACCGAUAAAAAAUUUCGCAAAAACCAAAGAUAAUUUUUUGUACAUGGAAUUGGCUCACGGUGGACAUCUUGGAUUCUUCGAAGGCGGAUUUUUGUAUCCCAAUCCUAUAGCGUGGUUAGAUCGGACGUUGGUGGCUCUCAUACCGGGCCUCAAAGAACAUUAUUUGGAUGACGUGAAAAAGACAUCGGCCGCCGCUUACUAGUCGCACACACACACACACACACUUUUAAAUGUUUCACAUUUAUCUAACCAAGUCAAAAUAUUUACUGAAGCUUCACUACGCCAGUCUGACGACGAGCAACCAUACCACUGCACACGUGUUUAGUUUAGGAAAUUUCUUAAAAAAAUCAUUUUGUGCUCUUGUCAUAAGAACCCUCCUCCUAUAGUUACGUAGAAAUAUAGAGUCUUAAACCAUCACAGUUCAUCUCGGCGAUAGUUAACAAAUUGUAAUUCUCAUUUUGUGUGUAUUUCUGUAUACGCUACUUGUUUGUCGAAAUCAUAUUAUAAUAAUAAUUGAAUUCGUUUGUUUCUUUAUUCGUAAUUAACGUAUUUCAAUUCAAGCCUAAUUCUAGAUUGCAUUUUCCUAGCAAUUCUAUACUUAAUACAUUAUGCUUUUUUUUUUUUAUAUCAUAUAAAUCCAUUUAAAAGUUUACGUAAGUAAACAAAAAUGGGUUCACUCUACACUUGCUUUGGCGGUAAUCCGCAAUUCGUUGUUUUCAUUAAAUGUUUACUCCUAAAAAAAUUUUCUUUUUUAAACAAACUCUAAUGAAAAACAUUUUUUUUAUAAUCUUUUAUCAUGUUUAAUUACUUAAAAUAAAGAGCUUACGAUAAAUUAUAUUGUUUUUUACUAAAUUAUUUAUUUAUAAUGAAAAAUGAAAAAAAUAAUAACUGUAUUAUAUUUUGUGAUUUUGUAUUUUAAACACAGAUAUUAAAAUACAAUCGGUAAACUGAAUUAAAAUUUAUAUUUAAAAUUUACAAGUAUAUACUAUAUAGUACAUUACAAUACUAUAUUAUUAUAUUCAUGUAUAAAUCAAUGACUGUAAAAUACUUAACGUAAAAUGUGCGUAUUUUUUUAUACGACUAAUCCUGAAUAUUUAUAAUUAUAUAAUAUUUUUGAAUAUAUGUGAAAUUCCUGCCCCUUCUCCCUCGCCCAUAUCGUUGACAAUAACGAUUAAUUUAUGUUUAAAUGAAAAAAAAAAAAUGUACGCUGAUGUUUAAGAGAGAAGAUUGACUAAGAGGGCGAAAGGGCUUUUGUUUAGCGUUUAAUAUAAGAUUACACUUAAGAUUGUAUAAAUUCGUAGAAAAAAAAAAACAUUUGUUUUAAUCAUUUUUUUAUUUAUAAAAUAUAUAUAUAUAUAUAUAUAUAUAUUAAUAUUUUUUGUUAUCGAUUCAAUGCUGUUAAAUUAUUUUCUUUAAUUUAUUAUUUUUUUUUUUACAAUUGUCACUGUUCACUGUAAAACCAUAUACGACUUUUUUUCUUUAAUCGUAACGGCUAAUAAUUAAUCUAAAUUGAUAAUGAAUAUUUUUUGUUUAUUUAGUUUGCCGGCGUCGUGUGGCGCUCAAAAGUCAAUACGAUAUCACAGAUCAGAUAAAACGAUGUCGUUUAUUGUGUCCCAUUCCAUACAACUUAUUAUUUUCUCAUAAUAAAAAUUAAUAGUUCCUACCUUU